AUGACUGUCUCCUACACACUGAAAGUCGCCGACUCUCGUUUUGGGGGCUUCUCCAAGUUGCUCUUCCGCUGGAAAGGCAGCAUCUACAAGCUGCUGUACAAGGAGUUCAUCGUCUUUGUGGUGUUAUACGCCAUGCUCAGCCUUCUCUACCGGUGGCUACUGACAGAGGAGCAGAAGCGCCUCUAUACCAAAGUGGCUCAAUACUGUAACCGCUCCACGGACCUCAUCCCCAUGUCAUUCGUCCUAGGUUUUUACGUCACCCUGAUUGUGAACCGAUGGUGGGCCCAGUACACCAGCAUUCCCCUGCCCGACCAGCUCAUGUGCGUGAUCUCCAGCAAUGUCCAUGGCAAGGACGAGAGGGGCCGGAUCCUGCGGCGCACCCUCAUCCGCUACGCCAACCUGUCAGCGGUCCUCAUCCUGCGCUCAGUCAGCACCAGGGUGCUCAAGCGCUUCCCCACCAUGGACCACGUGGUGGAAGCAGGCUUCAUGACGCAGGAUGAGCUCAAGAAGUUCGAGAGCCUCUACUCCGACUUCAACAAGUACUGGAUCCCCUGCGUGUGGUUCACCAACCUGGCAGCCCAGGCCAGGCGGGAUGGCCGUAUCCGAGACGAUGUUGCUCUCCGCCUGCUCAUGGACGAGCUGAAUCUCUACCGGGCCAAGUGCAGCAUGUUGUUCCACUACGACUGGAUCAGCAUCCCCCUGGUGUACACACAGGUGGUCACCAUCGCCGUCUACUCUUUCUUCGCCUUCUGCCUCAUCGGGCGGCAGUUCCUGGAGCCACUGGAGCCAGGGCAGGAGGGGGACCUGGACAUGUACGUCCCCCUCUCUACUCUCCUCCAGUUCUUCUUCUAUGCCGGCUGGCUGAAGGUUGCAGAGCAGAUCAUUAACCCUUUCGGAGAAGACGAUGAUGACUUUGAGACCAACAAGCUGAUAGAUAGAAACCUGCAGGUGUCCCUGCUCUCCGUGGAUGACAUGUACCAGAACCUGCCACCUGCCGUGAAGGACAAAUACUGGAAUGAGUCCACAGCUCAGCCCCCCUACACCGUGGCCACAGCUGCUGAGACCUUGAAGCCCUCAUUUUUGGGCUCCACUUUUGACAUGCGCAUGUGUGAGGACACAGAGCAGAGCCAGCUGGCGGAGGCCUCGCCGAGCAUGCCGCGCAUCCAGACACCUCUGCUCAGCCGCUUCUUCACCGCCGCAUCCCCUGCCAUCAGUAUCAAAACCUUUGGCCGGGGCAGCCGAGGUCACCCCCACCUGCGGCGUCCUCGGGCAGAUGGUGGCUUCCCCUCCCCUUACCCCAACCGCUCUGAGGACCCCGAGUUGGUGGACCGCAUCGAGGAGGAGGAGAAGGAGGAUGAGGAGAUGGAGGAUGAGGAGAGCCAGGCCAGCAAGCCCACCACACCUGGUGGUCGCCUGGGGGAGGAGCUGCCACUGAUCCGGGUGAAGUCACCGUCCAGCAGCAGCAGCAGGGCUGACCAGCCGGAGGCCUGGGAGCCCUGA